AUGGACAUCCAGUGGCCUAAACUACCGGCCAAAACGGGAGAAACUGAGGCCCCGCCACGAAGCGGACCUCACCCGGCUGGAUCACCGACCAAUAUACCGAUGCCUAACGAAAAGGCUAUCUCACCGCUAAGUCGACCUUCGCCAACGGAAGGCAGGUCGACCCAAGCAACAGAGAAGUCCGACAAGUCGCCAACAAGUCGACCUGUCGACCUACUGAAGAAGAAGUCGCCACUCAUGUUUGAACUUGGCGACUCGGGUAGUGGAACACCACCACCCAUGGACGACGUAUUUGACACGACACAAGUGUCACGUCCCAGCAGCCGGGAUGGAUUCUUCCGAACGCCAGUGGCACCCCACUUGGGUAACCACAGGUACCAAGCAAGCACGCUUGAGUACACGGCACGGAAGUGGAUUGCAUCCACACCUCCAGAAAAGAUCGAAGACAUCGAUCGACUCCGGAAACGAUGCCAGGAUUUGAUAACACAAAUCGUCCUGGCCGACCAAAUCGUUAACUCCACAGAAAAUCAGAUGUCGCGAUCGGAGGACACCCAUAAGCUCGAACGGAAGCGAUGGGAGAAGGAACCAGCCGAGGCCAACAAUGGCAUAGCUGCGCAACAGCGCCGCAUUGAACACUUGGAGAGUCACCUCAAGAGGUCCGACAAUCCAUGUCGGUAUGACUUCGAGGAGAUUGAACGUCUUCAAAGUACACUUGCAACGUCAGUGGAGUCGGUCUUCGAACUGAAGAGACGCCUUGCCACCGUAGAAAAAGACCUGGCUGACACACAAACAGCCUUGGUCGAAUCGGAACUGGCAGCAGGGACGUUCCACCAACAGCUGAAGCAGGCCAAUGAAGAGGCCGAAGUGUACCGGAACGAGGUCGACAGAUACAUCGUCGAACUCAAGCAGGCCGACGACGAGGUCGACCGGCAGAAAUAUCGAAUCGAACAACUCGAAAGGGAGAUGGAAACUCUCCUGGUCAGGGCAGGACGACAGCUAAUGGCUCACUACGGCCAGCAACCUGCCUCACCCGACCGAAGUAGAGCCACCACCGACCUGGAACAAGCAAACGCCCAAUUGGCCGACCAGGUCUACGGACUCAAUGAUGCGCUGAAGGAGGAACAACGACUCCGAGCACAGCUGGAACACAGCCUGGCAGAAGCCCAGAAGGUGUACGAAGCGCAACAGAACCGCAUCGCACACUUGGAAGUCCGCGAAAACGACCUGUACAACUACGGUCUGGACGCGGAUAAAUAUAUCGAUGACUUAAAUCGAUAUAUUGACGAGAUGACCACGUAUACCGACGACUUGGAUACGGAGGUACGCUGUCUCCAGGAGGAAACGAAACACUUGGAACAAUCCAGGACGGAGCCUCCAUCCUACAGGACUUCGAUGGCAACGGAUUUCCACUUUGAACCGUCGCAAACAGUUCGAGAAAUCCUGUGGGACAUCAAACCCAAAGAGGAGAAGAAGGAACAGAACUUCUUCGUGGGCGUGGUGACAACUAACCCGCUCAUCGGAACUCCUCCGCAGCAACAGCCUCUGCCCCACCGUCCAGAACCGGAACGGAAUACGUCGACUGCGGCACCACAUGUGCCAACGUCAAACGUGCCGACAACGACGACGGCCACGUCAGGUACCUAUACUAGUACCACGUAUGCAACACACACAUCGAUGCAUGCGCCAGCGCCCACCACGUCCCACCCGAAUGGACCAGCGCCUAAUCAAUGGGGCGCAGGACGGCGACUAGGAGAGCGAACAAGCUCACAUCCCAACAUGGAUGACUUCGGCCGCUUGACGAUAAGCGACUCGACUAUCGCCGUGAACGAGCUAGGUCAUAUAAUAACGACCUACCUCCAGGAGGACGAAGCGGACAACAGAAUCCGGAACGCCCUCCCGCCGAUUACCCACAAGACUCGCAGAACGUGCCUCGGUUCCGACCAACAGAAGGUCGGGCACCACCGAGAAGGCCGUUCAGAAGUCAGCAUGGAAGGGUGA